GCUCUGGGUGGGGGUUGCAGAAAAAGAGGCAUGGUAAAGUUGAUAAGAGACGACCUACAGGUCCUGUAGAUGAUGCUAACAUGACAGUCCUUCAUAUUUGUUUUUACUUUUUUUCUCUCACUUGUUUCAUCCUCUAACUACACACUAACUACACCCAUGGAAGGUGUACCUAGUGUGAAAUGACUGGUGUAAUGGAGAAAAAGAGGCUGAUUUAGCUUUUGUUUUUGCUCAGAUAUGCGUGAAUACAUCCCAUAAGGCACCAUGAGCACUUAAGCAGAGACCCUGCAGGUGAAUAGGGUAAAAAUUGAUCACUUAUAUUAAGACACAUACUUUUUGCAUUAAAAGUUUCCUGAAUUGUUUUGUUUAAUUAUGAAUAUGAAACAUUAUCAAUCUAUUUUUAUCACUUCAUAAAGCAGAAAAUACCGUCAGCAGCAAAAUAUCAAUUCUCGCCUUGUUUUUAGGGGUAAAAUGUUCCAUAGGACAGGCUAUGAAUGACAUAUGAACAAACCCCUCGUUAAAAACCUUCUGAAAAAAUAUAGGAGUAAAGCUGGAAAGUGUGGUGGAUGUAAGGGCAACUGAACUCGAGAUUUCUGGCUGAGAGUAUGAGAAAAAGCUAAUUUUGAGAAAACAUAAGGCAUUACAGGUGAAUAGGAUAAACUCAGAUAUCACCAUGAAACUUCUCCAGUAGAUUAUUUACAUGAAGAUUAAUUGUUUUUACGGUUUCGUAAUUCUAUGUUUUAAUAUGCAGAUGUUGUAUUAUCUGCUUAAUAUGUUAAGUUAAGGAAAUUAGAUUAAUUAGAUUAAUUUGGAGUCACUUCUUCAGCACAAAAUAACAGACAGGUUAUGUGUUACGCGUUUUAUAACUCCAUUGGUAAAAGUUGAUGCUCACUUUUAGUGGUGCUUAAAUGAUGUUGUGUACUCAGCAUCAUAAGUUUCUAUUUGAGGAAAAGUAGCAAUGGCGGAAACUCUGAAACCUAAAGAGUUAUUGAAAGUGAAAUAUGAGACGCUGUUUCAGCUCAGCAGGAGCAACUGCACCAAACCCCACCUGAAAUUAAAGGGUAUUUAGCUGACUUUAAAUGCAGUCUGCCAUACGCCGUGGGUUUUCUAGACCCACAGGUGCACACGCUGCCAGGUUGUGUGAACACUGGGAGUCUGAAGUCUGACUGACUGAAGACUGGAUUCUAUCAGAGAUGUGCCUUUUUAAUCGUGGCCCUUUGUGAAAAUGUGUAAACAGGAAGAGAAGAAGACAUAUAACAGUGCACGCAACACACCGCAGACCAUAGACAUUACAGCACACAGACAUGAAGAGGCAGAAGUAGCAAAGGUCUCCUCUCGUGAGUUUGUACACUGGUUAUUCAUUUAUGAUGUAUGAAACUGACAGUUUUACCACUUCUCUGCUGCAGCAAUGUGGAGCCUCGCAAACUGCCUCCUCAGAAGAAGAGCGCCCCUCAGCCCUCUGAACUCUGUAAAGGCUGCAAGGAGGUCAUCGACAAAGUUGUAGAGCGUUACUCUCAAACCUGGAAGAAGCAGGACGACAAUUACCAAAAAUUCAGAGCUCAGCUUGGCAGCAGGUGCCAUGGUUUCGACAAAGCCAUCAUCACGCAGGCCAACACCGCCGUGGGAUCAAAGCUCGUGUACGAUGGGGAAAAGAAGAGGACGCUCCAGGUGACCCCGGAGAUUUUCAGCACCUUUGCAAGGGAGCGACCUUUCCCGAAUAAAACAUGGGACACGUGUGCUGUUGUUGGGAAUGGAGGCAUCCUGACCAACAGCGGCUGUGGGAAGAUGAUCGAUUCGGCUCAGUUUGUUAUCAGGUGCAACCUUCCUCCUUUGGAAAACGGCUACGAGAAACACGUGGGCAUCAAGACUGACCUUGUGACUGCAAACCCGAGCAUCUUCCUAGAGAAGUACGGGGCUCUGAUGGGACGUCGGCGUCCGUUUGUGGAGAGUCUGCGUACAUAUGGCAACUCCCUGCUGCUCAUUCCUGCCUUCUCCUACGGCCACAACACUCCUGUGUCCCUGCGGGCUGUCUACGCCAUCGAGGACUUUGAAAGCCCCACCCGGCCCAUCUUCUUCAACCCCGAGUACCUCCAGAGUCUGGCCGUCUUCUGGCGCUCCCAAGGCCUACGAGCAGUGCGGCUCAGCACCGGGAUAAUCAUGGCGAGCCUGGCGCUGGAACUCUGUGCCAACGUGCAUCUCUACGGGUUCUGGCCCUUCGGCAAUCACCCACACGGACUCCAAGCCCUGACUAACCACUACUACGAUGACAGGCAAACUAAAACGAAAUUCCACGCCAUGCCGGCUGAGUUCGACCUCUUGCUGCGGCUGCACAGUCAGGGGGUGCUCAGGCUUCACCUGGGAGAUUGUUAACCAGGUGAACAGUAGUUCUCAGAUCCAGGGGCAGCUGACAGGACAGGAGCUAAGUGCCUUCUUUUUAGCCUCAGGAUGAAGCUGUCACUCAUCAAGUCUUUCUUAUGUUUUUGAAUGAAUGGACAGAUCUAUUUUAGCGAAGCAACUUGCAGUGACUGCUGUGUCGGCCUAUCGGCAGCCAAGACACUUGCACUGAAAUGCAACAAUCCUACGACUGCAAACACUCUGUAAACUGUCUUGAAGUAUAGCUAAACUAUAUUUAUUACCACAAAUGUUCCAGCUGGAUUUUGAUUUAAACGGGAAUCCUUUGUGAGGCCUUUGUGGGGGUCUACAUUGUAGUGCCUUAUGUUAAUCAAUACAGUACUGACCAUGAGAGCUAUUGAAACAAACUGAAUGUAGUUUGAGGAAAAUCGAACAUCUCAUUUAUAUGAAGAGAGUCUGGAUGAAACACUUUAAUGAAAACUGCAGCACACUGAAUGUGAAGAAUCUUUUGACACAUUUAACCACUUUGACAAUAUUCUGGGAACCUUUGAGGGGAAAACAUACGGCACACACUCACUUUAAUCGAUCAUGUGUUGUAAAAGGCUGGAGCUGGUUGCGGAGGAAGAUUCUGCAUCACCGACACUGCUGGAUGUGAUACGGGCAUGAGGUGAGCCUCAGAUCUCAGGGUGCCUGCAGGGGUCGUGUCCGAGUGGUGCAAACUACAAGCCACCAUGGCCGCCCUCUGUGGGCUGUGGUCAUCAGAGGACCCUGUGAAGUGAGGCUCAGAGCCGAGGACUCAGCAGAGACACCAUGGGAAGAAAAAGAAAUAAUAACACCAAUAAACACAGGAGGUCCCUCCUCACAAAGGUUGCUAUGGGGAGCCUGUGUUAUGUGUAAUGUGCCGCCCCUCAUCACCACAGUGACCAGGCGGGGAUAAACAUGUCUCAAAGUUGCAGCACACACAUAUUGGUCCAAUGUUAGUUUGGAAAUUAAUACACUUAAAGUUGAUGUAACUGCGAAUCCAGUGCAGAACUUUUAACUGACUCCAAUGUAAAGUGUUAUAAUGAUUGUGAAUUUUGCACUUUGGGUGAAAACUUUAAGCUUUCUUUUCUAACAUUUGCAUCAAGACUUGGGCAGGUCUUAUGCAACAGGGGGUAUUACCUUUCAUGCUGACACUUGGAAAGUCUUAACAGUGAUUUCUGUCAUCCGGAGAAAUAAUUUACCAGCUGUAGAUGACCACACUCGAUAACUCUCAGUGAACCAAUUUUAGAAUCAUGUGAAUAUUUGUGAUUCUGUUUUUUUGUGAACAGCAUGAGGGGAAAUGACGUGAAUCAGUGAAUAAAUAUUUAUC